UCAUAGCAUCUCCCUGCCAGGUGAUGGCAGUCUUGUUCCAGAUUGCAACGUAGAGGAAGCAUAACAUGGACAAGAUGGCGGUGUCCGUGAUGGAGACCGGAGAGGAUGCGUUCAGAAAAAUAUUUAAAUUGUACAAACGAAGAAACCCUUCGCCGGAUUUCAGCGAUGUCAUUGAUUUUUCCAAGUGUGUGACAAAUGACAAGAUAGUUCCAGUGAAACUAGAUCCAGCUGCAGUAAGUGAUGGCGAUGCUGCCAAGGUUGGAUUACGUCCUGUCAAAGAGUGGAAAGCCUUCAACUUGCAGGGAUACCCAGGGUUCCUAUUCAUUAGUAACCCGUUCCUUCGUGGCUCUCAGCUCUUCUGGGUUCGGCAGUGUUUGAAGACUUACCCUCAGAAACCAAAUGUCUGCAACCUGGACAUGCACAUGUCUCACACUGACACCCAGGACAUCUGGGCCAAGAGUGUUCCCAACCUCAGUAGUUCUUCUGUUGGAAAGAGAGUGCCCAGAACUCUUCUGGAUAGGCUGCGCUGGGUCACUUUGGGGUAUCAUUACAACUGGAACAGCAAGACUUACUCUGCAAAUCAUUACACUCCAUUCCCAACCGAGCUCCACCUCCUGUCUUACCAAAUUGCAACUGCAUGCGGCUUCCCAGGCUUCAUUGCAGAGGCUGGAAUCCUCAACUACUACAAGUCAGAUUCCUCUUUAGGAAUUCACGUGGAUGAUGCGGAGUUAGAUCAUAGCCAUCCGUUGCUGUCUUUCAGUUUUGGCCAGUCAGCAAUCUUCCUCCUGGGUGGCAUCCACAGACAGGAGAGUCCCACUGCCAUGUACAUGCACAGCGGAGAUUUAAUGAUCAUGUCGGGGCAGAGUCGUCUCUUUUAUCAUGCCAUGCCUCGCAUUGUUCCAACACACCAGAAAGUAGAAGCACUCGAGACCGAUCAAUGUGGCUGGCACUCCGGCUGGCAGGGCAGCACUGUUAUGGAGCAGGUGUCGGAGGAGGACUGGACUGUGUGUGCCAGGUACAUCCACAGCUCCAGAGUCAACAUGACUGUCAGACAGGUUCUGGGACAGGGGCAGAGCUUCCCAGAGACAUUUUCUCUUCCACGCCAUGCACAGGAGCACCAAGAAGACAACGAAGACCAUAUGAAGAGGAGAUGUAGAAGUGACUCAUUCAACAUUAAAAAUACAUAAUACAGA